AUGAAGAAACUGCGUUUGCGUGAGGACGCUUGCAAUGAGGAGAAGGACGAGGCGGUGGUGGAGUUGUUGGCCGCGUUGUUCCAGCUCAUCUUUCCAAGAUUCGUUGAGCCUGGCACACGGUGUAGGCGAUUAGCAAUUCUCGCCUCGAAUCCAAUCCCAUCCUUGACUUCUCAGUCCUGGUUAAUGGGCUCAAAAACAACUGCAGUAUUUGCUUAA